AUGCACCUCUCAAACUCACUUCUCGUCGCUGGGCUCAUUGCCUUUGCCUCAGCAUCUCCGGCUCCAGCUCCAGAGCCAACGACGCCAUCUGCAUCUCAAACCCAAGCUCUAGUCGACGACCUCCAAUCAUACAUCCUCGACCUUGCAACCCAACCCAUAGUUUCCAGCCUCGCCACCGACACCGCCGCUCUCAGCUCUCUCGAAGCCUUACAAGAAUCCCUCCUCUCCGACGUCAGGGAUGGCGAAACUCCAAAUACAUCCGUGUUGACUGCUUUGCCUUCUCCUCUCGCUAGCUUCAUCGGUUCCAUCUACACGGCUGAAAUAAGCAUCGCUAGCAAAAAUGGGUUUGGCGAUUUGAUCGCAAGCGAGACUGCUACUGCCACUGAAGCUGCAUCUGCAUCGGCUACUGGCGCGUCACAGACCGCAAGUGGAACUCAGAAGACUUCGACCACUGGGUCGGCGUCGGCGACGGCGGGAUCGGCGAGUGCGAGUGCCUCUGCUCCGGUCACUAAUGAGACGGGUGCUGCUGGUGCUUUGGGUGUUGAUAUGUUGAAAAUUUGUGGAGGUUUGGCCGUCGGUCUUGUGGGUGCUGUGAUGGCUCUAUAAUGGGAUUCGUCGGUAUAUAUUAUGAUACAUAUCAUAUGACGAUUUGAGAUUUUUCUAGGGUUUAGAAGCAUAAUUCAUUCAUUGAUGAAAAAUAAUGAACUCAGUUACUUUAAAGCUUUUUCCACUGCAAUCUUGAUCCUGGAGAACAUGACUAUUACUUUUGAGAACGGGUGAAUUCGGAGUGAUCUUCGCCGUUGCCCAUGUAUAGUAAACCUUCUAGAACUUAGAAGUAAUAGUUUCUGAGUGUUUGAAAAGACAUGCCAAUGAAUCGUUCC